GCCUCCCAAAAGCAACGGCCCUCUGAUUUCCUGUUCCUUACCUUACCUCUCCAAAAACCCCAUUGACACCGACACCCUUUCUUCCAUCAUCAUAGCACCCAACCUCCACCUCUCGCCUCUUCUUUCGACUGUCGUGUGUCUCUCGCAUCCCCAUUCCCACCCCCUUGACAACUCUGCAUCCUCCUUUCAUUCAUACCACCUGUAUCCACGAUCAACAAGACUCCUUUCAAAAUGGCUGAACUCCGCCGAAAGCUGGUCAUCGUUGGUGAUGGUGCCUGCGGUAAAACGUGUCUGUUGAUUGUUUUCUCCAAGGGCACCUUCCCUGAGGUUUACGUUCCUACUGUCUUCGAGAACUACGUUGCCGAUGUCGAGGUCGAUGGCAAGCACGUUGAGCUAGCACUAUGGGAUACGGCUGGUCAGGAGGACUACGACCGUCUCCGUCCUCUCUCAUACCCCGACUCCCACGUUAUCCUCAUCUGCUUCGCUGUCGACUCCCCCGAUUCCUUGGACAACGUGCAGGAGAAGUGGAUUUCCGAGGUUCUUCACUUUUGCCAGGGUCUGCCCAUCAUCCUCGUCGGCUGCAAGAAGGAUCUGCGCUACGACAACAAGACUAUCGAGGAGCUGCGUAAGACCAGCCAGAAGCCGGUCACCCCUGAGGAGGGCGAGGAGGUUCGCAAGAAGAUUGGUGCCUACAAGUACCUGGAGUGCUCGGCCAAGACCAACGAGGGUGUCCGAGAGGUGUUCGAGCACGCCACGCGUGCCGCCCUGCUGCAGCGGAAAGGCGGCAGCAAGAAGCACAAGUGCCUGGUCCUCUAAGGGCCUCGCAGCUUCGUUGUCCCCCACGACAGCUCCUAUUCGACGGAGCUGUGCUCGGCACCAUAAUGCGGCAUUAUUCAGACUUCCACCUCUCGUUUGUGGGUAGCCUCGGAUCCCCGCAGACGGUCGCUGGAAAGAUGUCAUGAUGUCUUAGAAAGGUGUCGGUCGGGCGUCUCUCUUUGUUGUCUCUCUCGGCUGGCGUUAAUAUUAUCGGCCGUGGUCGUCAUCCGUCCUGCUCGGUACGCCUCAGAAACGUUAUCGCGCAUUAUCUAUCUUCAUUGGACCGGCGUGUCAUCUUUGUUUGGGACAGUUAUACGGCAGGGAAACAGUUACCUCUGCAAAUUAGGAUCAGGAAACAGCGAAGUCGUCUUCCCUAUAUCUGACUGCGGCGUGGUCUGGACGGGCAACGGGUGUUCGUGAUGUGUGGCGGUGUUGUGCGUGCUGGAACGGAUCAAGAAAGCAGACAAGAGCAGCUGUGUCGUGUGUGCGCGUGUGUGCGUGAGGUGGGCAUCCAUCGGUACACCAAAGGGGGAUUUUCUCACGCUCAGGAGGAGGCCCUUUUCGUAAAUACCAGUUGGCCUUUGGCCUGGGAGCGGUCGAUCCCCUCGUCUCCGCCAGCUCUUUCGUCGUCCCUUGUCAACUGAAAUUGCACAGAGAAAGACAGAGGAAACAGAGAGAGGUGGGGGAGGAAGGCAAUGCAAGAGGGAGAGAACACAGGCGGAGGAAAUGGUAUUCGUUUGCGUACGACCUCUUGGAUUGCUGGACUUGUUUCCCCUGGCACUGUGGUCUUGUUUUCCAUUAUUUCUUGUUUCUCUCGCGAGUUCUUUUUCCUUCUUGAUAAUUUAAACGGGCUACUGUGUUCUGUCAUCGUCGUGCUACCUCCUUUGUUCAACCUCUAGGCUGGAGAACUGCGCCGGGGUGCCCAUUCGGUAGCCUUCUUCUCGCAGUACAGAUGUUCUGCUGCGAGUGACAAGAUACAUCUUGUGUACAAUAUCAGUCAAUUUGUCUCUC